CAAACCCAAAUUGGUGUUGUCAGGUGGUGUCAAUAAAAAAUAUGUUUUUAGAGAUGUUCAAUAAACAAAAAGUUCAUGCGUUUGUAUGAGAACAUAUAAUUUAAUCUUCUGCAAAUACAUAGAGAGAAUGUAAUUUAAUAAAUGACAUUCUUCCAAGAUAACAAGUUUGGCCGAUCACGGGGCCACAACAUUUAUGAGCCUAGGGAUGCAUCUAUAUUUUUUAUUAUGAUGCGACUGAAUGUGAAAGUUGCACUGUUAUUCCUUCUGUCAAUAGGCGUUCUGACAAUAGUAGUACUAUAUUCCAUAUGUGGAACAUCUGAAAAAGACUGGCAGCGACUUAAAUACAAUCCUAAGGCAUUGGACUUACAGGGUGCUGAUGAAAUAGACUGUGACAUCAAUGGAGAGUAUGUUAUAAGCUGUAGAAAGGAAGGGGAAGAAGUCUAUAUUCCAUUUUCAUUUUUACAUAGAUACUUUGAAGUCUAUGGAAAACUAGCAACCUAUGAUGGCCUGGAAAGAUUCGAAUGGUCUCACAGCUAUAGCAAGAUCUAUCAUCCCAAAUCUAAAUAUGACCCCAAAGGUGUGUUCAUGUACUUUGAAAACUACAAUGUUGAGGUGAGGGAAAGAGUGAAAUGUGUCAGUGCAAUAGAAGGAGUGCCUGUCUCAACCCAAUGGGAUAGUCAGGGGUAUUAUUAUCCCACACAAAUAGCACAGUUUGGACUUUCACAUUACAGCAAAAACUUGACAGAGCCAGAACCAAGACGGAAAGUCAUUGACGACUCAGAAAAGGACCUAGCAAAAUGGAUUGUACCAGUGAAUGCCAAACUAGAAAGAUCUUAUGACUCAUCAGUAGAAAGUAGGAUAUUAAAAUUUGUUACUAGCGAGAACUACUUAGAAGGCAUUCGUCUUCGAAUGGACCAUGUUAUGUACUUCGUAAUGCGGCUAGACAUUAUACUUAGUAGCAACAGCAGUUUUACUGUCACGCUGCAAAAGAGGGAGACCAAGGAAUUGUACUACUUGCAUUAUAUCUGCUCGGAUAUUUGGAUCACUGUACAGGAUAACAACAUAUAUCACGGUAUUGGUACAUCCCAGGAAUGGAAAACGUUGACUCGAGAUUUGAUUAUCGAUCUCCAAAAAGGCCUCAGUUACUUAGACAAGGACAGGUCCAAACAGAAAUUACCUCGGUCCAAGCUGAAGAUAAUCUGUAUGACCUUGAGGGGCUCUGGGUCUAUCGACAACUUGACAUUGUCAUCUUCAGAGCACAUCCAGCAGUUCUAUGAUGCUGCAGAGUGGUUUGUUAGGCAUCAAGAUAGAGAGACUGGUGGAUGGCAGAUUUACGCUAGGAGAAGAGUGGCACCUGGUUUCAACGAACUUCAACCAGGCUGGUACUCUGCAAUGAGUCAAGGUCAGGCAAUUUCUGUGCUGUCAAGGGCUUACUAUCACUCUGGUGGUGACAUUCGUUACUUAACAGCUGCACUCAAAGGCCUAAAGCCAUUCAAUGUUCCCAGCUCAGAAGGUGGCGUCAGAGCUAUAUUUCUUGACAAGUAUACUUGGUAUGAAGAAUAUCCGACGAAACCAUCCCUGUUCGUGUUAAACGGCUUCAUCUAUUCUCUGUUGGGAUUGUACGACCUGAUGUCAAUUUCACCGCACGGUCACGCGCAGGAGGCGGAAUCGCUUUACACUGAAGGAAUAACCUCACUUAAGGCAAUGCUGCCCCUUUUUGAUAUGGGCAGUGUCACUGUCUACGAUCUUAGGCAUUUCACACUAGGAAUUUCUCCAAAUCUUGCCAGGUGGGAUUACCAUGCAACUCAUGUCAACCAGCUAUUGCUCUUAAGUACGAUAGAGGACGAUUCUCCAUUUAAAACGACGGCUGAACGAUGGAUAGGUUAUAUGAGUGGAAAAAGAGCGGAUCAUAACUGAGUACAUAUUAAAAAAUGAGAAUAUAUAUCGUGUAAGGUCUGUGCCAUUUUUACUCCAACUCUUAUCUACACUAUUUUUUACGAGUAUAUCUUACGUCAACCAUGACAGCGAGUAAUAGCUGAUUAUUUAGUAAUGUUUUAAAAUUUCCCAUAUUGACAAGUGACACACAAUUCUGACGGAUCUGCCAGGUAUACAGAGUCCUAUUAUUUCUAACAAGGAAAAUGCUACAACCAAAAUGGCUGCUAAUGACCGUGAUUACAUUUCAAGUCAGAAAGUGCUUUGUUAUCUAUCUAUCUCUACUUUUUAUAACUUGAGACACAAGAUGACUUCAAAGUGUAAUGAAGCAGCCAUACAAUUAGAUCAAUAUAUGUGGCAGUAUAUGAUCGAAAUGAUAGAGGGUCCAUUUUCUGAAUUAGGUCUCAACAUUAAGUUACAGUGAUGUCUGCGACAAUUAAUCACAAACACGUGUUUAUAAUUUUUUACAGCUACUGCAAAGGGCAAUGCAGUCUGUUCUAUUGACUUAUAUAUCAAUAAAUCCCAGAUGUACUAUACUAAUGGUGUGAUAAACAUUUUUUAUGCGUAAUUCAUAUAUUUUAAUGUCAAAAUUCCCAUUCAAUAAAAGUCUCUAUAUAUGUGAAAAAAAAAAAACACCGACACACAAAAUAAGUGGUCCGUACAUUUGACUAGACCCACCUAGGGUUAUAUAUUUCGAUGCGCCAAAUCCAAACAAACCUGAGGUCCUCUUGACGCGUAUACCCUAAACAUUUAGAGUAAAUUGUAAAAAACCGAUAAAAUGGGUAAAAAUUACAAAAAAAAUUACUUAUCCAAACGAAAAAACUUCUCGAUCUCGAUAAAAUGUAUUUUUUAUGUAUUUUAAUACGCUUAACACGAAUCUGAAGUUGAGAAGUCAUAUUAUUGCCAACACUACAGACUUUAAUACCAAGGUGCCACUUGCUGAUGUCAGAACGUAAUGGAUACUCGUUAAAAAUACUGUAUCAGUUUACAUCUGAAAUUUAUUUACAAAAACUUAUGUUUGACUUGAAAAGUCUUGAUUAAGCAAUAACCAAGUUGAAAUUUAACAUUCUACUGAAAGAUCUAAUAGGCUCAGAUCUCAUAGCAUUUUAUCUACCCAAAUAAUCGAAGCUCGUUAAAUGAACUCUUUAAACUAGGUUUGUCUACCGCCAGCUUGUUACAAGUAUGACUAAUUUCAGUUUGAAGGCUUUGUGAUAGAACUUCAGUUUUUCUGGUCAAAUGAAACCACAAAUAUAGGGCCCGUCACAAAGGUCGGACGGUUUUAAAAAAUCACAAAAUCGGUAAUUUUUACUCAAACACAAAUUUAUUGACGGAUUCUGGUUCCAAUGUGUCACGAGGCUGCGGCUGCGAAACAGCUACAAGGCAGCUACAAAACAAAGCUGGAGUUAUGUGAAUGGUGGUUCUCCGCAAUGCCUUACCACGCUGAUGGUCAAAAUCCCAUUAGAAAAUGGACGUGGUAGCACCCAAACCAAAACAACUAAACGUAAGGUACAAAGUAAAAGGGUACUACUCCAUAGACUGGUGUUUGGGGGUCAAAAUCCCAGAAUCUGGAAAUUAUUACCUACGAAGCGACCCACGCACAACCAAAACCACAACAGAAAGCAAACAGAAAAUGGCGCUGGACGCCUCUGAACACGAAAUUAAAAGAAGAUAUCUUGAUAGUAAAUCACCUUUCAAAAGAAGGUAUCUUGAUAGGAAAUCAAAUAUUAUUUAGGUUAGUACGUGUAGAAAUCACAAGGUGGCGCUGGUUGCCAAUGGGCAAAUCCAACUCUACGAGGGACCGACGAUAUUUUAUAAGGAAAUUUCUGAGAUAGUGGUUAAUAAUACUAUAAUGUUAGUGUCCAAAAGAUUUCAACACAAUACUGAGUCGCUGAGAAAGAAAUAUAUAAUACGUGCGAAUUUAUACAAUCAAUAAACUAUGAAAUUUUCCAAAAGAACAUCAUUAAAAUGGGUUUCGCCUAGGAAUCCCCUAUAAUCAAUAAAGAGAAAUUCUAAUUACUAGUAAGUGAUCAAAGUAGUAAAAAAAAGGUUACGUGAUUUUGGCACAUGACAAAUGAAAUAGCGUUUGUCUCAGUUAAGUGUGGAAAAUCACCUCAGUUAUGUGGUGACCGUUUUUGACAAUGCAUUGCUGGAGGCGUUCUUGAAUGUUGGCGUAGACUCUCUCCAACAUCGUUCUCUCAACUUGGGCGACUUUCACGCGAAUUGCCUCCUUCAGCUCAUCCAGAGUUCGGAGCUUGAGCUCGUGUACACGAGCGUUGAGGUGUCCCCAUAGGAAACAAUGGAUACAUUUGGGAACCGGGGAGGCCAAUGAGCAUCAUCAAACCUGGAAAUAAGGCGACCACGGAAUAACGUUUAUCGUUGCUCUGGCUGUGAGGGAGGUCACCUCAUCCUGUUGGAACCACACACGUCGAAAUGGAAUACGUCGUCGUCGUCGUAAGUCAGGCGAAAAGAAGCUGGUGAUCAUUUCGAGGGCUUGUAGAACGCGUUCCAUAUUUUUAGGGGUUCGAACCGUUCGUGAAGGUCCUGGUGGUGUUUUGUUGAUCAGUACAAGAAGUGAUUUACCCAUUUCAAAAACAUCCGUCCUUUGUGCCCGGACCCUGUAUAUAGAAAUUACUGUUUAUCCACGUUUUAUAUUUAUCCGUUUUCCAGGCUGUAGUUCAUUUGUUUUUACCGCUACUAUAUAAUGUGUUGCAACAACAGCCUGAAUGGUCGCCAUCAUUGCAAUUUCAAGAUGGCAUCAGCAAAGCCUAUAUUAUCUAUUGUUUUGGAUGUAGCAGACACGUCACUCGCUCAUUGCCCCAAAAAUGCCAAACGACUGCGAGAACCCGAAAACACCCAGAAUCGUUGUUGCAACACACCGGUUCGCCGUUAUGCAAUCUAGACUACUAUUGCUGCAUCUGCAUUGAUCAUAGAUCCAACAUGCGAGGAAUAGUCAUUCGACACUUCAAGGGAAUCAUGUUAUUUAUCUUGUGAAAAAAUCACUUGAAACCACAGUUUGACCUUGAAGUGUCGAAGCAAAACAUUGGGAUUCAAUCAUCAUGGUCCACCAGUCGGUUUUGAGAAUAUCAAUUAUAUCUUUUCUUCGAGGAUAUCCAACCGAAUUGGGUCGCAAUCUACAGAGGAACUGCAAAUAUGAUUAUUGUUUAAUCUUAUAUAGGCUUCAUUAUCACGUUUUUUUUUGCAUAUCUUUGUCCGACGUGUCAGCCCAUAAGUGCCUGUCAACCAUGGUAGUAUAUUUUUCCAGCAUUAAAUUGCCAUGGAGACGUUUUAACGUCUAAAAAGUAAGAAUGAUAGCCAGAUUACUCUUCAGCAUUGUCAGCAGGUGUUUGUUGGUUGAGAUGUUACUCAAAAUUUUUCCAUUUUUGAACUGAAAUUAUAUGUAUUUGCGGCAGGUUGGCAAUAGGAAACUUUCGGGUGUAAAACGUUUUAUGGGAUCUAAGCCUAUAAUAGUUGCAUAGGUAGGUUAGUCUAUUUAUUUUUGACAUGGAUCUUGCCUAAUAAACCAAAAAUUUUGCUAUUUUUAGGCAGCUAAUUAUGCCAGAUUUCAUAACUGACAAUUGUAACUGUGAUAUUCAGAUUCCUCUCCGCUAUCAUUUCAUAUGGGGCAGAAAAUGCAUACUGUAGAAAUCAUCAAUAUUUAUACCACACGAGUUAAUAAUUUGCAAAUGUUGUCUUGUUUAUGUUUAUGUUUUUUAUAUCAGAUUAUAUUGGAGCGGAUUGAUUUGAAUUGAUUUUCAAGUGCACAAUUAUUCCUAAAUGUUAAGUACGUUAAUCAUAGUUUUGCAUAUAAAGAUGAUGAACUGAUUCGUUGAAAAAGCAUUCGUGUACCUUGAAAGAUUUAGCUUUUGUGCUUUAAAGUUUCCACAAUAUUGGAAAACGAACACUAACAAAUUAUAGCAUUUCUAAAUCAUUGCUCUAGAACUGAUAAAGAAAUUGGACAAGUUUUUUUAUAAGAAAAGCUACUCACCAAGUUGUUCAAGUUGAAAUAGAGGUUGCAGAAGCUCCAGGAAACGUAUCUUUGUGAUUUCAAGAACGUUUGCUUAUAUUUAGUGCAUCAUUCAGUACCCAUAGGAAAAUGUUCUGGAUAGCAAACAUCACGUGAGUAAUCUUUACGACCUGAUUUGAGUUAUGACUUGUUUAUUGCACGUAUUACCUAAUGGUAACUAGUCUAAUCAUAUCAGACGAAAAUACCCCUGGUUUGCGAAAUAAUUGUAAAGUCUGGUUUUAUUGAUGCAAGUUGUUCAAAGGGGUACUUAAAACAUGGACGCAUAAAACGGGUACACCAAUUUUUGCGGGAAAACUUCAUAUUUUUAUUAAGGAACGUUUGGGAAACUUUAUUUGCCCAAAACAAAAACCCACCCCGUUACGUGGCCGAUAAAUCAACGAUUAUUCCAGUUUACUCGAAAACUUGCAAUUCAAAUACCUUUUAACGAUUCUUUGUGGAUACGAAGUCAUACAGAUGGAAUAGACUACAUUAUUACCGACAUUCAACCUAAUAUUAUUUAGCAGCCCAAAAUCAAAGUCGUAAUACAAAAAUGGAAACAAAGGAUCAUGGUUAUUAUAUAUAACACGUAAUGCGUGCGGAAAAGUUAUGCGUGCGGAAAAUUGCUACUUUACGUGAGUGAGUACUUUUCACUCGCUGGUAGAAAAAAGCAUUUAUUUCUCCAAAUUUGAAAAAAAUAUUAGAAAAAAAAAGCUUUUGGAUUCGAACCCCUGUCCUGUGGUUCUGCAAUCGUCACUCUUUCCCAUUACACUACGACGCCUCUCAGUUUACUGGCUCUUUAUACCACUAUACUGACAAAUCUCAGGCGAACGUUGGAGGGAUAUAAAAUCUAUUUUAAACAAUUAGAAUAUUUUUGAAAACUAUAUAAGAUACAAUGCUGAAACCUUCAAUAAUGCAUAACGGACUAAUACCGAGCAUUUUGCCUAAUUUUUCAGACGGUCAGUUCGCUACAAUUGGUUGAUAUUUGCCUACUUUUUUUUCGUUUUCUUGAGUUUAUUUUCCAACUCGCAGCCGUUUUAAUCGUACGAGUUUUCGAAACAGAUAUACCGUGUUAAUACUUUUAGAAAAAAGGGAAUUAUAUUUCUUCGUAAGAAACUGGAUUACGUGACCUACUUUUUGACAAAGUAAUGCAGCUAUCUAGCACAUGAUACAUACUAACUAGUCUAAUACAGUUUGAAACAUAAUUGUGUCUUCAGUUUGCAUGUCAGUAUGAAAUAUUUGUUUUAUAAACUUUAAGGCUCAUAAUGUGACCGUGUAAAAAUUUCGGCCCUAAAUAUGAAUACACAAGAGCAUGAAGAAAUAUUGAAAAAAGUGUUUUCUUCGCAAAAAAAGGUGAUAAACAUAUUGUUUUAAAAUUUGUAUAAUAACGUAUGUUUUUCGAAUAUCCUAGCGAAUCUGUUCAAUUACUCACAAAUACGAAAUGUUCGAAUUUGUUUAGAAAAAAAAAACCUAACCCUUCGUUUUUCGCAUAUAAAUAAUAAUUAUUUUUCAAAAUGGAUUGUGAUUCAAGACGGCAAGAUAAACUUGUGUAUUUUGCUAUAAAAUGCUCUUUGGACGAACCCUGUAUAUUGCUCAAUAAACUAGUAGUGAUGGCCGGAAGACAGGUGUUUUGGGAUAAACAAUUAGAAAUUCCCAAAAACUACUUGACCAAUCGACUAAAAUUUUGUUGUAGUUAUUUAGAAGUAUGAAGCCUACGGAUUUCAAUAAAUUCAAGUAACUGCUAGAAAAACUUGCUUUUUGCCUCGGUUUUCGGCAAUAACUUUGUUUUACUAUUAGUCGUUUUAGGACUGGUCUCAUUUUGUAGGUCUCGUAAAUACCUAACAAUCUUAUUUGAAGAGUUUUUGUCCUUCCUGCCAACACUUUUGAUUGAAUCCCAAAAAACACGUUUUCUCAUUAUUUCUUGUUAAAAAGUUUUCCAACAAAAAUUGAUGUACCCAUUUUAUGCGUCCAUGUUUUAAAUACCCCCUUGGACAACUUGCAUCAAUAAAACCAGACUUUACAAUACUCCGGGGAAAUUUGCUAAUAUGAUUUGACUAAAUUGACCGAGCUAGAAACAGGUGUUUCUGAAUGAUAUUACACUUCUAGCUGCUAAAUUCCUAGUUUCAUGAGUCUUAUGAAACAAACGUCUGCAAUUGAUCAUAUUGUUUAACACGUGCCCAUGUCUGCGAGAAAAAUAUAUCAGUUCGUAUAUUUUUUUAAUUCGAAAUGAGAUGGAAUCUAAGCAUCACAGAUCUUACUUGCAGUGAUUGAAUUCUUAUUUAGAAUUGGAAUAUUGUGAUCAGAAUAUGAUGUUCCAAAAUGUACAUAAAAUUUUCACAAUCAGACCUAGAUUUAAAUACGAAACUUAGCUGUGGUAGUAGAGAAUAUAAGGAUUGGGUGUGGUUAUACAUAUUAUAGUAGCGUGUGAUAGAAGUGAAAGGCACCAAAUUAUUUUUAUUGUAAAUGUUAUUUAUGAAACGAGGUUUACUGAAUGACUUGCACAAAAUUGUUUAGAGUUGGAAUUGUUAAGUGAUUUCUCCAAAGCUAAAAUUGAUUGUCGUAUUUUGGGUUUUCACAUUACUCGACUAUAGUGUAUUGAAAUAUCAUUUACGUCAAAAUAAACACCAGCCUGCGAUAUUGAAAUCUGCAAGCUCCGGCCAUGAAUGCCUGGGCGCUCAUACACAAACAUAUGAAUUAGGUGACAGAGGACUAUUGUUUUCACUCAAUCUCUGAAAGUACUUACCACAGACUGUCUACAUUGUAGUUGUAUGUUCAGGAUUGCUCUGUUUUAUAUCGAAGUUCAACAAAAGGUAAACUCAAAUGGUACGCCCACGACAAUUAAGUUAUCAUACUGACAGUGACGAAUAAAUGUGGAAGGCACAUACCUUAACGAGAACAUUUUCAAGUCGGUGAGAUAAGAAACAUUUUUGCGAAAUCUUUUUCAUUUUCGUCUUUCAGACUUCUUUUCUGGUUGAUUGCAUGUUUAAUUUGGUCGAAAUUAUAAUAGUACUUCGGAAAAGCAAAAAUGCAGUAAUUCGCAAAUGACCUGACCACUACUUCUAUUAACUUAAAUUUGCAUGCCUGUGAUUUAGUGCAAAAAGGUAGUCUCUUACAAAUAUUUAUAAUGAAAACAUAUCAUUGAUAUAACUAUUACUAACAAGUGAUGCUUAUUUUUACUGAUCUUUUUUCUUUGACCAAAUAUGAGCGAUUGGAAAUUCUACCUAUUCCUUGAAAGCGGUGGUUCUAGAGGUUAUUUGUGAUAAAUUAAUCAACUGGGGGUCGGAAAUGAGCGGUUUCCGAUAUAUCGGCAUUUCAAGAUUUUUUGAAAAUUUUCUGUUCACAGAUCGAAAAAAAAUUAAAAAAAUACCUUUGCAUUUCUUGGACCUGAAUUGGUGGUUUUCUGAAAGCUGUGAAAGUAACAAAUGAUCAAGAUAAAAAUGCUAUACCAAAACUUUGAAACUGUUAAAAGGCUGUUAGUGAAGAGAUUUUGAUUUUUGAUUAUUUCCGAAAAUCAACAUAAGUUAUUUGAAAUAAAAUGUAUAACAGUUGGCGCACAGAUUACAAAGAUAAUUACAGAAUUUCAUGGGCUUUCCAAAAUAGUACAAAUUUAACUUUUUCAGGCAUAUCCUAAAAGAACCGUACAAAGGGUACUGUAGGUACAACUGAAUUUUUAAAUUAAAUGAGCUUGGUAAAGUUUCAAUUAAUUAAAGACAACAUGUACUUUGUAAAGAUUUGAUGAAACAAAAACAACGUUGUUACUGAACACGUUGACUGCCACCUUUUUUCGGUUGGUUUUACCCAGGAGCCAAUUAGUUGUAUAAUGGUUAAUUUGUUACUUUGGUAGUAUAACGGCGUAAAAUCCGUUAUUGAGGUAUUUUCGUAAACUGUUUUUUUAAUUAGAAGAUUUUUUGUGGCACUUCUAAGAGCCUACGGCACUGACUUACAAAUCGGUUUCCUGUGUGCCAGCUGGCGCUUAUAAGAGUCGGAAGAUAAUCAUUUGUUUUUUAUAAUAGAAAUCAACUAAAAGCAAAAAAAACAUUUAUUUUGGACCGUUAAAAAAAUAAAAUAUUAAAAAUUAUUUUUGUAACUCAAAAUAGUAGAUAGACAACAUAUAAAAGUAUAACAAAAACUUUUCCGGUAAAUAAUACACCUAAUAUGAUAAAAUCUAAUAAAAAAUUAGAAAUGAAAAAACUUUUCUUUAGAAUACAAACAUGAAUUUGUGGUGAAUGCAGACUAUUUUUAGUACAACAAAUUAUUUGUGAAUAAUGUCACUGCACUCCAAGCAGAAUCCUGGAACAUUAGGGCAUGUUCUACAUUCGUACAUCGUUUGGGUAUGGAUUCCCUUCUUGUUACAAGACUGACAUCUUUUUCUGGACACUUGUUUUUUACCAUCUAAAUCACGUUUUACUAAUUUGUGCCCUUGAGUGCCUGCAGUAUUGUACCUUGGCUCUGAUAAGAGUCAGCGGCACUGGCGAACAUACCGCGUUGACUCUUAUAAGAGCCAGCGGCAGCGAAUGUGUCAACAACUAUAAAUCUUGUUCAAAUUGCCUACCAUUGUUACGGAAGCAAGCACGUAGCCUACGUCGCAGUUGGGUCACUGUCACUUUUGUUGAAAGAGUACGUUCACGGCGUUGGGCCUCGUCGACCAAUCCAUCUCUGCGAAUAGUUUGCAGCCAGCCAUUGUCGUACACCUCGAAAAUAAUGGGCUGGGCAGCCAUCAUGUUCGUAUAUUAUAUUGAUUCACCUAGCUAUCAUCCACUUUAUUUCUUGAAAAGUUUUUACAAUAGGCACCAUUUAAAUUGUCGGGCAAAAAAAGGUCCAAUCAAUUUAUUAUGUAUAAUUCCCAUCCAAACGUUUAACGAGAAUCUUCUCUGGUGCUUGCCUUCUUACGAAUUGUUUUGGAUUUUGACGCUUAGGGGCCCAAUAGUGGGCAUUGUGUUAAUUUGUACUUGUAUUUACCACCACGAUCGAAUUUCGAUUCAUCAGUCCAAAGGAUAUUUCUGAGGUAGUAUGGGUUUUCAAUAUCGGCAUGAAAGUCAAUCCUUCGUUUAGGGUCGCCCUGCUCCAUAGCGUGCACUGGAGUGUAAUGGUAUGGAUAGAGUUGCGCUGUAUGAGAGGUAAACCAGGAUUUCCAUUGGGAUAUGCCAAGUUGUCAAGCGAUAAACAAACUGUCGAUCAUGAUGCAUCGCGAACCUCAUCGGACACUCCGACGGAUACACCCGAAUACUUACGGAGUUAAAGGAGUCAGUUUGGUACAAAUACGAUGCAUUUUAUUCCGAGAAAGCUGUUUUGUGAAUAUUGAAUUUACGAAAUCUACUACCUCUAAUCGAUGGUUGCUGGUUUUUUCAAAUGCUUGAAAUACUUAAUAAAAUUUGUACGAUUUUGGAAAGCUCAUGAAAUUCUGCAAUUAUUUUAGUAAUCUGUAUGCCGAAUAUCAUACAUUUUAUUUCAAAUAUCUUUGGAAAUAAUAAACAAAAAUCAAAAUCUCUUCAUUAACAGCCUUUUAUUUCUAACAGUUUCAAACUUUUGGUAUAGCAUUUUUUACUUAAUUAUUUGCUAGUUUCACAGCUUUCAGAAAACCAUCAAUUCAGUUCCAAGAAAUGAGUAGAUUCAAAAAAAAAUAUUGAUCAGUAAGCAGAAAUGCCAAUAUCUCGGAAACCGCUCAUUUGCGAACCCCAGUUGAUGGGGAUUAAUUCACCACAAAUAACUUCUAGAAUCACCACUUUCAGGGAAUAGGUCGAAUUUCCAAUCACCCUGUGUACUGGAGAGUUUAAAUCUGAUCUCACCAACAAUUUUCGUUUUUUAUCUAGUUAAUUUGUUUAAUUGUACAUAUUAAUUAUUUUUGUUUGUUUUACCAUCCGAACGAAAAGAAGCCGAAAGUUGUUGGUGGCACUAUAGUUAUGGUAUCCAGUUUAUAUAGGGUGUUCCAGAAGGUCAUAAUAGUUAUCAGAAAAAUAUGGAAAUAAUCUAAGUUGUGUACCUUUCAAAUUAUAGGCUUAAAAAAGGAAAAAUCAGAAAAUUUUACACCCAGUGAUAAUCUUUUAGUUCUCAUUACUAAAAAUCUCAUUUUUUUUAGACGCAGUGACGGACUUUCAUUAAUUCGUGAAUGUAUUUAUUACAUUCACAAUAAAUGUUAAAACUGCCUUCCUUCAGCAGAAAUGCAAGUUUGACAUCUUCUUAAAAAUGAUCGGGUUGUCAGACGGGCGAAUCUUCUGUUAUUAAAAAAAUCAGCUGCUUCCGUUAUUCUGUCCCGUAGCGUACCUAAAUUUUCGAUUGGCCUUGAUUGAAUUUUUUCUUUCGCCACUGCCCAGUAAAAAAAAAACGGGUGGAUUGAAAUCAGCUGAACUGGCUGGCCACGAAAUUAUAUCAGACCGCCCUAUCCAUCUGCUCGGAGUAUUCCGCGUGGAAGAACUCUGGCUGCACAAAGUGUACAAUGAUUCUCCCAUUCAGAUUCCCGGUCCACAUGUUUACUUUAAAUUGAUACUGUGAUCUCUCAUCUAAUGUGGAUUUUAUACAUGCCUCUGGUGUAAGUUGUGUAGAUUCAUGAAACCAUCUUCCCCGUGUCUCCGUAACAUUGUUUGACAAAAAUCAACUCUUGGAAGACCAUCCUUGGAUUGUAGAGAUUGUACUCGCUGUAUGUGAUACGCGAGGAGCUUGUUCUUUCGCAAGAUUCGCUGGCCUGUACUUUUGGGCACUCCCGUGCUUGCUUCUAUUUGGCGUACUGAAGUACUCGGAUGUUCUUCGACUGCCUAUAGUACGACGUCCUCGCAAGUAAAGGAAAUUCUUCCUUCGCCACGUGCUUAAUUUGGGAAUCGUCACUCUGAGAGGAAAAGGUGCACAUUCACAAAAACUUUGCGAUCGGGAUGACGAGCAGCAUUUCGGUACCUCUCACGAUAUAGGCUAGCUGCAGCAUUGGCAUUGCAUCUACAUUCCCCAUUAGUGAGGUGCAUGUUGGCGUCUGUACGAUAUACACAGACAUGGUGGCACUACUCUGUCCGUCAUUCUGCUGAGAAAAAAAUUAAAUUUGUAUGGGAACUAAAAGAUCAUUACAGGGUGUAGAUUUUUCCGAUUCUUCCGAUUUUUUUAAAGCCUAUAAUCUGAAAAGCACACGACUUAGAUUUUUUUAUAUUUUCCUGACAAGUAUUUUGGCCUGGCCUAUUCCUCGUUUCCAACUUAUCCUGGGACAACCCCUGUAUCUUCUACCUAGGCAUCUCCUAACUAGUAUUUAUUACUUACUAAAAUGAAUGCAAUCCUUCAAGAGCUUACUAGUAUAUCUAAUAAACCCACAAUCUGUGUUUGCAGAAAGAUUCACAAUUCCUUAACUUGGAAGAAAUAUGUACAUAUAUUUAUGGUUCAGUUACGGAGGAGUAAGAAAAGUUAAAACUUCCAGAAUCAGCUAAAAUUGCUAGAAACUAGAUAGCAAGGUUGAGAUUGAACUGUAUUAAACAUUCACUAAAUGAUUGGAACUUGUGAAUUAACUGUUAAAUAUCUAUGAUCCUUCAAUUUUUUUUUAUUUGCUGUACAGUACGUUGAAAUAUGUAGAAUGAAAUGGUAGGCAAGUAAGAAUGGUUGUGUGCUAUAUGAUUUUAUGCACCUCUUUAACUGUAACUCAAGAUGCCCAGAUAUUCCACACAAUUACAAAAUAUCUGUUGUAUUUAACUCAAAAAUGCUACAUGAAUGAUACCAUAUUACUAUCCUUACUAGGGAUUCUUGGGUUCAUAGAAAAUUACAUAUCAGCAAAUGUGACGUUUUGGACAUAUUUCAGCAAUAUUUAGCAACCUCUUAAACAGAAAAUUACAACUUUAUUGUAUUUAACCAGAUCUAGAUUUCAGUGUUAGUAGGGUUGUAGUUUGUUAUUACUUCUAGACAUGGUGACUUACAUACUUAUGUUAAAAAAAUUAAUUUUAGCCAUCUGUAUUUACAAUCUCAAAGUCAAUAUUUAGAAUCUACCUCAACAAUUUAGGGGCCAUAGAUGUGUGUGCUCGACCGAUACUCAAAAUUUGAUACCUUACGAUUAUAAGGAAUUUUUUUUCAUUUUCAAACAUAGGGUUGUAAACUCAGAUGACACUUUAUUAUACUUCAAAUAACAUGAACUUCGGAAAGCUAUUCUAAUUCAAAUUGAUCUACUAAGCUCGGAUUUUUAUUAAGUUUUUUUACACUUUUUAGGAUCUAAAGUUAAACAGUUUUCUUUAGAUCAUUCAUCCCAACCUAUCGCAAAAUUUACAUACUCAGCAUAGUUUUAUCAUAGUUAAUUUUCCAAGAUUUGCCCCCGUGAGAUAUUCUGAUACCCCAGCAAUCCAAAAAUUGUUUGGGCUGUCACAUAAUCAUAAUAUACAGAUAGUUUCAUCGUGCUGUCUAAUCUUCUCCGCUCUGAGAAAAACUUCUGACCACGUCCAUGGUUAUGUAUCUAUUCUGUACUGGCGAUUUAUGGAUCGCCAUUAUGAUGAAUGUCAUUUUUUCCUACUUUUCAGGAUAAUUCUGUUUUUUGAAUUUCAUAAUAAGUGUCCGAUAUUAGCACACCAGCUCAGAAACUACGCAAGUUUAGUUAUUAUGAUUGUUGUACUGUAACUGCUAUGAGAGUUGUGAGCAACUGCAUAACGGGUUUUUGCCAGAAUAUGCAAGUAUUCCCUUAGGUCCAAAAACAUGAUUCUGGAAACAAUGAAAACAUUUUAAGAGAAGCGCGUGGGACUUUGUUAGAGACACUGGUAUGGUUCAUGAUCUACAGGGUGAAUCAAGAAACAGUGGCAUUACUUCUAGAGCAAAAAGUACAUCGAAAAACAAAUAAAAAUGGCGGCGUCAAGUAGGUUGGCUCUUCACAUCCUUCGUAAUGCUGUCGUUACUACUAAAAAAUGAAUCGACGCAGUCAAACAGACCUAUGACUCCAUAGGAAGUUUUUACCUGCCCUGCCCUACCGACAGUACCGACCAUCUGUCAACGUCGCUAUGACUAGCCUCGCUCAUACCAUGCCGCUUGCCACUCGGUAACACGGCUGGCACGACCCAAAAAAAUACGAAACAGAGACACUCAUCAGUGAGGCCGUGACACAGGUAUAUCCAUAGACCAGAGACACGUGUGUUGAAAAUUUAUCUCUAUCUAUUCUAAAAUUAUCGUGUGAAAAUUUCAUCAAAAUUCGAGCGGUACUUUCAAACUUAUAGACUGGCCAAGAUCGACAGAAAUGAGUGACAGGGAUUCCGUGAUGGACAUAUCAUCGAAAAAACAAUAUCUCAGGUUGCUAGUAUUGUGUGAAUUGAAAGUCCUUGUAAUCAUAGGUCCACUAGCGAGUUGUAGGGUGUUGUACACUUAUAUGCCACUGAUGAAACUUAAUAAAGAUAAAAGAGAACAUUUCAUCUUUCCGUGUUAUUUUUGAAUUUACUUUCUGCCCCAAAAAUAUUGUUAGGGUUUUCUAAAUCACCCUGGAUAAUUAGCAUUAUUUAUGGGUCUGUGUGUCUGCUUGCAUAUCCUGAGAUACCCAUCUUAAAUCCAACUCUCUGGCAUUAUUUUAUCAUUACCCGUCCUUGUUUUACCUAAUGACAUUAUUUUAUUUUAGAAUACGAGUUGUGAUAUUUUCGUUAUUUCAUUUGUUCUGUAUAUAUGUAUUUGAUCCACUGAGGUGUAUUUUUUAUGUACUUAUUUUUAAUUUUUAAGUUAAUGUAUGUAUAUUGCGAAUUGUUGUUUGUUUAUUUUUGAUUUACUUUAGAAGAAGAUGUAGAACUAUUUUGUUGACUAUUGUUUUCUAAGCUGAAAGUAUGUAAAUAUUCUGAAACGUCUUCAAGAAAUGUUGAGAGUGCGCCUGAAUCCAAGAUAAUGUGACUGUGACAAUAAAUUUAGGCGUGAAAUAUACUAUACUCUACAAGAUAUA